CGGUCCCAAAGCAAAGCAGCCCGCAGCUGCCUGGGGCUACCUUAAGCAGGAAAAUCCGGCCGGAGGGCGCCGCAAGUGGGUGGCUCGACCUGGAUCCUGAGCAAGGCUGGAGGGUUCGCUUGGAGAGGGGCGAUCCCUGGAACCAUCAGUCUGAGGAAGAUCCUUGAUAUUGGAGAAAGUGUAUGGGGGGAUCAUGCCGACCCAGGAAGAAGAUGUUGAAGGACAUUAGCCCUCAUCAUCCUUAGAAACCAAAUUGGGACAAGGAGCAUGGAUCCUUUGCAUUUUUCCACCGCUUUUGGCAAAGAAGCUGUUCCUCCGGAUGAUAACUUAUCUUUUUCGGCUAACACAACAAGUGACAAGACUUUAAUGGGGGUCUCCAUCCCCACUGACAUCCGCUCUGUCUUCAUUCCCAUAAUUUACCUCCUGGUUUGUGCCAUUGGGCUGAGCGGGAACACAUUGGUCAUUUAUGUGGUUCUGCGCUACGCCAAGAUGAAGACAGUUACCAACAUUUACAUUUUAAACUUGGCCAUCGCUGAUGUCCUCUUCAUGCUUGGAUUGCCAUUCCUGGCUACCCAGAAUGCCAUCUCCUACUGGCCCUUUGGAACUUUCCUGUGUAGGUUAGUGACGGCUUUUGACGGCAUCAACCAAUUCACCAGCAUCUUUUGCCUGACUGUCAUGAGCCUGGACCGAUACCUUGCCGUGGUCCACCCUAUCAAGUCCACCAAAUGGCGUCGCCCAAGGAUAGCCAAACUGAUCAGCAUGGCGGUCUGGACUUUCUCCUUCUUGGUGGUGCUCCCAAUGAUCAUAUUUGCCGAUGUCCAGGAAAAUUUUGACACCUGCAACAUGAGCUGGCCUGACCCAGUUGAGAUCUGGUCAGCAGUGUUCAUAAUCUACACCUCUGUCUUGGGAUUCUUUGGGCCUCUGCUGGUGAUCUGCCUCUGCUACUUGCUGAUUAUCAUUAAAGUCAAGUCAUCGGGAAUCCGUGUGGGUUCUACAAGACGCCGCCGGUCAGAGAGGAAAGUGACCCGGAUGGUGGUCAUCAUUGUGGUUGUUUUUGUCUUCUGUUGGCUCCCCUUCUACAUUGUCAACAUUGUCAACUUGAUAUUCAUCUUGCCAGAGGAACCCAUCCUGGUGGGGGUCUUCUGCUUCGUGGUGGUUCUGUCUUAUGCCAACAGCUGUGCCAACCCCAUACUGUAUGUAUUUCUCUCCGACAACUUCAAGCAGAGCUUUCAGAAAGUCCUGUGCCUCCGUAAAGGCAAUGGCAUAGAAGAUGGUGACCCAACCGAACAUCGGCAAGAGAAAAGUAGCCGCCUGCAGGAUGCGACGCUGCUUCAGAGAAGUGUGGAGGCCAAUGGGCACAUGCAGACUAGUAAGCUGUAGAGAAAGAGUCAGUUGUCUUCAAGAGAACUGGAACUUGAUUGGAGCACAUUAAGGCGAUAAAUGCUGCAGGUGGACCAGCGAUGAAAAGGGGCAUCCCCAAAUCCUCCGUUUUCAGUGUACAAAGACUUGCUUACUUUCUGCCUUCUGGUUAAAGACUCAUUACAACUCAGUCAUUGUCAGUGCCAUGGAAAAACUUCAGCGAAGGCUAACGAAAGAGAGGACAUUGCACAGAUAUGUUAUCAUCCCCCAACAUUCCAUCUUGCAAGCAAGACCAAGAAACAGAACUGGGGGUGGGGAUAUGCAGAUCAAGGUGGUGGGGCAUGCAGAUAGCAGGAAGCCUUAUUCUUAGUGGCUCCCAUUCAGUUCUGUGGGGAACAAUAUUGUCACAGGCCUCACUGAUGAAUGGGAGGGUGGGGAAGGCCUAGAUCUCUCCAUCUCCUCACUUCCCACCAAGCAUGGUGGAUAUGUCUUUCCCAUUUUCAAUGGGCAGAGGAUACAUAUGCCAGUUCCCAAUGUUCUGUCAUACCCUGUUUGCAGCCUUCGCCAAUCUGGUGCCCUCCAGGUUGUGCAGAUAGUCCUGUAUCCUAUAAGGUGGGAGUAUCCAAUGUGGCGCCUUCCAGAUGUUGUUGUCCUCCAACUCCCAUCUGCCCCAGGGUCAAGGAUUAUGGGAGCUGGAGGCCAACAGCAUCUGGAAGGCACCACGUUGGUUGCUCUGUCUUCAACAUCUUGGUCCUCAGAGGUGCUUAACCUUUUUUUUUUUUUUUUGUAGAUUGUGCCCAGAAUGCAGAGCUAGAUGUGGCCUAAUAUAAUCUUGACUCAUUACUAAGAGGGAUUUUUAAAUGCACAUGUCUAAAAUGUAUUCCUUUAGAGUGUGAUUUUUUUUUUUUUUACAAAAGAACCACAUAACCUCAUGGCACUUGUGUUUUUCUCUUGCUCCCAAAGAGAGUGUGUGCGGACACUGAAUAUAGUUUUUGAAGUGUCAGGAACUAGAUCUGCUGUAAUUAAGGGUCAGGAUAUAACAUUCCAAACAGUGUCCUUUAAAGUACUUUAAGAAUAAAUAUAUAAGGUGGGUCCAAAUGAGAUGUAAUGGGGGAUGCAUUGUGCCACCGACCCACAUCUCUGUGCAACGUCUCCCUGGUAACAUCUAGCAAAAGGAGAUAUGAGGUGUGAUCUUCAUCGCAUUCAGCAUUUCCCUGUGUGAACUCCACCUCCCUGAGUGCUGCUCAUGGAGGGUGGAGAAAUGUCAAGUGUGAUGGAGAUGCAUGCCACGUGUCACCUUUUUAUGGGGGAGAUGCAGGAAAGAGAUAGGCAGCAGCAGCAACUAUGUGGUUUCCUUACCACCACUACCAAUAUCAGCGGUAGUCAGUGGGGCAGUGGACUCUGCUUUCAAGGAGCUGUCCAAAGUACUUCAUCUCCUUAAAAGUUUGGACCAAAACCCAAAUCGGAUUCCACCACUCCAUUGACAUGGCACCACCAGCCACCAGUGCUCCCAUUAUCCUAUCAUAAUCAUUACUUAUUACGCCCUGUUUGUGAGGAUCAAGCCUUGCACAGCCUGGGAAAUGAUCUGGGCUUUCUGUGUCCCCUGUGAAACUGUUUAUUGAAUGUAAAUCUCAUCAUGUUUAUAUAUAUGGCAAUGAUUGUGUCGUCUUGGGAAGAUGUUGUGUGUACACAUACCAGUUUGAAGUCCAAAGUA